AUGGCGAACAUAGAAUCUGAAGCAGUCGAUUUCGAGCCUGAGGAAGAUGACCUUAUGGACGAAGAUGGUGGAGCAAUUGACGCAGCCGAUGUUUCUCCACGAGCUGGACUUCCGAGGCUUAGGUCAGCUAUUGCCGGAGCAAAUGGUGAAUCAACUCAGAAGAAAACCAAAGGCCGUGGGUUCCGAGAGGAGAGAGAUUCCGAUCGCCAGCGCCGUCUUUCUUCUCGUGAUUUCGAAUCACUUGGUUCCGAUGGUGGUGCUGGUCCCCAACGAUCCAUUGAAGGAUGGAUUAUUUUGGUCACUGGAGUUCAUGAGGAAGCACAGGAGGAUGAUAUAUCGAAUGCUUUUGGUGAUUUUGGGGAGAUCAAGAGUUUACAUCUGAAUCUUGAUCGCCGUACUGGUUUUGUCAAGGGUUAUGCGUUGAUAGAAUAUGAGAAGAGUGAAGAAGCACAGAAUGCGAUUACAUCUAUGAAUGGUGCUGAGCUUCUUACACGGAAUGUCAGCGUUGACUGGGCUUUCAGCAAUGGACCUAGUUUUGGAUCUUACAGGAGAAAGAACAGGUCUGUGAGGACGCAACGUUCAAGAAGCCCGCGAAGACGUUACUGA